AAAAAAAACUCUAAAUCAAUAUUACAUUUGGUUGCAAAAAAGAUAUUACAUAAUGGACGAGUCAGGAAUCGAACCAGAGACCUAUCGCAUGCGAAGCGAACGCGCUACCAACUGCGCCACACGCCCAGUAUCACCAACUAAAGAAAAAAUUAGCUUUUAAAAACGGCUUAUAACAUCCGUACACCCAUAGAAAUAUAAAAAAAUAAAAAAUAAAAAAAAUACUCAAAAAACAUGGCUCAACAUCUUAAUAGACAACAUAUUGAUAUUAGUAAAGAUCCAAAUGAAUGGCAUAUGACAAGAACCCCAGAAGAAUUGAAGCAAUGGAACAAGGCAAAUAGUAAAGAGUCUGUGUUGAAGAAUCUCUCCAACACCGAACGUGAAGGACAACUUGACAGAAUGAAAGAAUUGCCACAGUCGAUCCAAGACUCGUAUUAUGAACUCUCAGAUGAGAAUAACGACGCUACUGAGAUUUUUGAAAUUCCAUAUCUUACUGACCUUACGAAUGAAGAAUUAGAGAACAAAUUAGUGUUCUUCACUGAAAGAGAAGCGCGACACUUGAAUGAAGAAAGUAAAGCCCGCGCACAAGAUUGGGAAAUCGGAAUGGAAAAGUAUAUAUUAGUCAGAAACUCUAUUCAGCAAGAAAAGGAGAGUUUGCAACAGGCGGGUGAGGCUGAAAGUCGCCAAAGACUUCAGGAUCUUGAACAAGAGCUUGCGGAUAUGCAAAAAGCAAGCGUAAGCCUUCAACGCGCAGAGAAUUUCAGCUAUGCUAAGGAGCUGAUGUUGUUGACGACAGGCUUCCGUGUUAAAGGUACAAGGGUUAUAAUGGAUUAUGUUCCUUAUCGUGCAAUUAAAUUAGUGGGUGAAGAUUACUCUGCACUUGCGUACUUUAAUGACUUCAUGACUUCGAUCCCCGAAUUCCCUUUGUCAAAAGUUCCCAAGCUCAAUAAUAAAAUUUUGGCAAUGGCAUUCACUGUAAAGGGCAAGGAAUUGAGAAGUUGGCGGGAAACACUUGCGCGCCAUUUCCACCCGGAAGCAUCUGUAAAGAUUUUGCAACAUGCCAGUUUCCCUACUCCCUACGAGGAAUGUAAUCACUUUACACGGAAACCUGCUUUUACAAUUUACAUUAUUGUGUCAUGGACCUGAGGUUCCCAAAGAGAUAUAAUAAAGAUACUAAGAGUACUCUUAAAGCUCUCUCUAAUGUAAGUUUUUGUGGUCACUGCCAUACGACAGAUCACAAACGUUAUUUUUGUACAAAAGCACCAUGUGUGAAGUGUUUUUCAAAAAUCCAUACAACGGCUAACUGCCUGGAAGACGAUCAGAAAAUACAAAAAAUAACUCAACCCAAUGAUGUCGCAUUAUUACAAGAAUUAGCACUUACACUGACCACCUUAUGUGAAACCAAACCAUUCUCCUCAAUUCACUAUGAUUUCUGGACUUCCGACCGUCACUCAAACUGAUGCACCUUAUAACUACUAUAAGAGACUACAGGGUCGAAUUUGACCUCAACCCCCUUAUAAUGCUUCUUUACUUUAACAGGGCAUUUAAUAGGGUAUUGCACGUCUAUCUUGCUCAGGUACUAUGUCAAUUGAAUGUUGGACCUCGUAUUCAUCGUGCUUUAAGGGCGAUCACUGGGCAAUAACAGGCACAGAUUUACAUAAAACAGAUCCAUGGCGAGUCCUUUCCACUCCAGUUGGGAGUGUGUCAAGGAAACCCAGUGUCUCCUCUUCUUUUUAUUCUUUCUUUGGUGCCAUUUUUAUUUCAGAUUAAAAAGACUCUACUAGGAUUUAAGUUCUCCAUCCAUUCUAAUAUACCUAGCAAAUGAACAAACUACUACAAGAGGUG